UUCUUUUUCUCCAUCAGCCACAGUGAUAGAAUAUAUAGAUGGCAACCGAGAUUGAAGAAAUAAACAACACAGUGAGUCCAUAUUUUUCAGUGUUGGAAGAUACUAGUGCAAAAGACAGACCUGCGAAACGACGUGCUAUAGAUGGGAUCAAGAAGAGCUAUUCACAGGUCAAGAGCCCUUCUGUUGCCAAUGGAUUAAUCGAGAAUACGACUUAUUCCUUAUUGAUUUGUGUAAAAAGUGAAAUUGAAUCUGUUCGCGAGACUUCAGUUCAUAUUCUAAAAAGCCUGAUUGCUAUCAAUGAUAAAGAGCCAAUACAGGAGACAACACUUGUGACAAUACUAAAGGCAGCAGACAAACGCCUUGAUCAAUCCAUUGAGCACACAGAGGAAAUUCGUGUUGUUUGGAUGGAACUAGUGAUCAUGUUGUUAGAGUUACAAUCUUCAAAUAUAAAAGCUGCGCAUUUUAUGGAUAUCUUGCAAACGGCAGUAAAAGACCCAUUUUCUGAGGUGCAAAAGCUUGCUUCAAACUUACUCUGUCUGUUUACAAUUAAAUAUCCAAAAAUGGUGGACUAUGCCUGCAACCGUAUGAUUGAAUAUGUAAUACUGCUUUUGCUUCAUAAGCAUACGACCAUUCGCUCAUCUGGAAUUAAAGCAAUGGAAGCUGUUCUAUUGACUUGUGCUAAAGGAUUUCACUUGCUAUUUGAAUAUAAUGAAGAUCUGGAUAAACAGCCUAUUAUACCCUCCUUGAUCUAUGAUCCAUCAGCACUUGUACGCCAGCAAUUAUUUACAACCUUGGGUAAUCUGCUGUGUGAAUGGAGUCCAAGAGAUAGAUAUGAACAUGGUGACAAGAUAUUACCAGUUAUUUUGUCUGGUGCAUUUGAUGAAUUGCCUGCAGUGGAAUCAGCCUGUCAAUCCGCAUUAACAAGGGUAGCAGAUAUAUGCGUUCAUGAUCUGCAUGACGCAGAAAUUUUGAAAGAAAUACCAAUAGAUGCAUCAGUGAGGAAAACUAUUGGAUUAAAGCACUUGGUUCAUAUCUGUUAUGAUGGUAGUUUGAACUAUUUAUUAGACAAAAGCACAGACUUUGUAGUUUCGAGGCAAAUAACUAAUUUGAGCGCAUUGAAAUUGUUCUUGGAAUAUGCCUCUGCUGAUGAUCUUGUGAGGACGUUUGAUAAAUUAAUGAAUUGCCUUGUACUUGUGUUUAGCAGUAGUCAUGCAGCUGAUUCAGACGUGUUUGAGAUCUUGUCUAUAAUAUCCAACCAGCUGCACGUAAUUGACAUCUAUCUGGAUAUCUUGCUUCCCAAACUAGAUCCUUGGUAUUUAAACGAGGAAAUAAGUAACUUUCCUGCAGAAGUGGUCAUAACCACCGUCAUCACUUUCUUGGAAUAUCUCAUCACAGUAACUGAAGUUAGCGCCCAUUCAACCGAUCGAAUCAAGAAAGCAUUACAGCGUCCUCAUUUUGAAAAUUACAAGAAUCGCUUGAGUAGCAAGACAAAGCAGAGUAUAGCCGCCUUAAAUGAAAACGUGGUUUUGUAAAUAAAGUAAAAUUAAGCCAACUCGAGAUAUAUCCAAUAUUAAACUUGGUGAUAUCCUAUUUAAUAAAAUCUGAUCCGAUCAGAAUAUAGACUAGUUUCUACCCCAGGUCGUAAAGCAAUAGAGUAGUUAGCUGAUGUUGAGAGCGGAGUGUUAUUGAUGAUGAUAUCCUGUAUUUAGUAUACGUAUUUACAAUUCAUUACAUUUGCAUACAACAC